AUGAAGAAAAAAGUAUCUGGAAGAUACUCCUACAUGAUAUCGCUAAUAAUACACUUUCUUGUCAAGGACAAGGCAGUUCUCUUGGGAAUUUUAACAACCGUAUUCUUUAUAAUGCUCUCGAGCAAGUUUCACUUUGAAUUUCAAAAGUCGUUAACAAAGAUCGAGCAAUAUAUUGCCAGAAAGACAAUUGAUGAGACAGAUUCCAGCAGGCUUCUUAUCACGUUUAUGCUUCUUCCCAUUAGUCAUUACAUGUCGAGUCUUCUCUACAAGCUUGUUUCGGCCUAUGUCAUCCAGCUGCUUAUAGGGAAGUCGUUCCAUCACUGCUUGAGAGAGUAUCUUUUGACCAACUACCAUCGGUUCCAUCACCUUGGGUCUGGACAGAUACACUCAUUAGUUGAGAGGAGAUCCAACGGAAUGGUUAGUUUCUUGAGGAUAUUGUUUGCCGAUAUCUUUUUCAAUGCAUCUUAUGUUCUGUGGGGGUUUUUGUACUUUUCCCGCUGUUCUACAGGUGUUGUGAUUCUAACUGUUAUCCAGAUACUGGUAUAUGUUGUUGUGUCAUGGUAUGGAACAAUUCUUAGAAACCACUUCAGAAGGAAAUACAAUGGAGCAUACAACUUUGCCUCCAACAGGCUGUACGGGAUUCUGCAGAACUAUGACAUAAUCAAAUCGUACAAUAAAGAAGAAAACGAGCUGCAGAAAUACAUCGACACUUUUCGGGAUGUCGGAAGACACUCGAGGAGAUAUGAUCAGAUCAAUGGAUUUGUCGAGUUUUUCCAGAAAAGUUUACUCUUUGUCCCAAAUGCAUUUAUGGUGUUGAUGAUCAUUGGAGGAUAUAUGUUUAAGAGUAUGAGAAUUGGGAACAGAUACAUCGAGUACUCCAAGUUCUUUUCCGAGCUACGGAGUGGGAUAAUGAAGCUAAAGGAAAGCACAUUUGUAAUGAAUGAGAAUUUGACAGAUAUUUUUGACUCGAAGAUUGAGGAUGCACUUGAGGAAGAAGACCUUGGGCUUGCAAUAGAGAGGUUUGGUGAUACCAUAAGGUUCAACGGGAUGUCUGUGCACAUAGGAAACAGACUCAUAUUAGAAGGUUUCAGCGGAGAAAUCAAAAAGGGCGAGAAGAUAGGGAUCAUUGGAAAAAAUGGAUGCGGGAAGUCAUCUCUUGUUAACGUUCUCCUCAGGUUCCUCGACUAUAGUGGAGAAGUUUACAUUGAUGGAAUUGAGCUGAGAAGGAUCAGGAAGUCGUCUGUAAGGGGCCUCAUAUCGUUUGUUCCUCAAAACCAUCAUUUGUUCAAUGGAACCAUUCUUGAAAACAUAGGCUACUCUUACAAUUCCAUUGAAUACGAUCAUGUUAUGAAGAAAUGUGUGCAUUUCAAUGUGCAUGAGAUAUUCAGCAAGCUUCCUAGAGGAUAUCAAACCCUUGUGGGAGAAAAUGGAAAGUUCCUGAGUGGAGGGCAGAAGCAGAGGGUUAGCUUUAUGAGAGCAAUGGUCAAGGAUUCCGACAUAGUGGUUUUGGAUGAGCCGACAUCGAAUUUGGAUGCAGACUCGGAAAAGGAGCUUGUAGAAACAAUACUCAAAAAGAUGGAAGACAAGACUGUGUUUCUGGUUGUGCAUGACCAUGACCUUCUCAGAGGCUUUGAUAAGAUACUUGGCCUCCAUGACAACAAGGUUAAAAUAUAUAAUUCCUUUGACGACUUUAUUAUCGAUAAGUCAAAAUACUGA